GUCGCGUCUUUCCGUCGCGACUUUCACUCUUUGACUCUUUUGCUCUCGACGUGAUGGACGAUGGUCAGGCCUGAGCAAGACAGUGCCAAGGACUACUACAAGACCCUGGGUCUGUCCUUUCCAUGUUCUGCGAUCGAUAUCCGCAAGGCAUUCCUUGACUUGGCGCGCACACAGCACCCAGACAAGAACCCUGGUCGCGAGCAAGAGUUUCAGGUCAAGUUCCAGGAGAUUACGGUUGCGUAUGAUGUACUCAAGGAGCCGUCACUCAAGCGCAUCUAUGAUCAAAUAAGACCUAUUGCGCGGAAGCCUCAGUCGUAUCAGCAGACGCAAAAGCCAGGAGCGCCGAAGCAGUCGGCUUAUGCGCAUACUCACGGUGCAUCCAGUGCACAACGCGCUGCAGCUGCUGCAGCAGGCUCUGCAAGGACUGGCUACGAUUGGAGCAGCUACUUUGAUGAUGUGGGUGCUGGAUACCCAAGACAAGCAAAGACGAGUCCUCGGAAAGCGCCUACAGCAGCCAAACCAGCGCCUGCAGAUACGACUCGUCCACAGUCGACCUAUACAAAAGGGCCGUUCCCUCCGUCGGCAACGAAACCUGGUGUAUUUGGAAAGACUGGACCACAGGUGAACAAGGCCACGAAGCCAGCAGGCAGACCGCAGACGGCACAAUCACAACCAAAGGCAACACCUGAUCCUAAGCCUGCACCGCGCUCUGAACCAAAGACAAGGCCUCCACACGCGAAAACUAGUACAAAGCCAACGCCAGGUCCGUCUGCGGCCCAGGCUGAGCCAGGUUGGUGGCAAAAGAGCAAGUCUGCCUACUCUACAACUGCAGCGUCUGGCAAGUUUGACCCCCGUACGCCUGAUCCUCCAACUGCCUCGAAACAUACAUUCUCUUCGUUUGCGGGAGGCGGAGGCACUUCACCAUUCACUGCGGCAGCCGGCUCCAAAAUACCUUCUCCACCAUCUGCUGGCAGCUCCGGCUCGGCGAGAUUUACCCCUGGCGGCAGGAAAGCGCAAGAAGAAUAUCAAUGGCAGUCUUCACGCACAGCAUAUCAACGGACGCCUCUUUACCGAGAGCGGCACGACAGACCGCUGGAUUCGGAUCGUAUGGACGAUUUGUCCUCGAGUGCAUCAGAGCCAGAGCAUGUGCAGUCAUCCAAUAGCGACUCUGGCGAAGACUACAAACAGAAAAAUCCGCCUAGAAGAACAACCAGGCAUAAAGCUGGUAUUCCUACCGCCGAGCGAAAGACUGCGGUGCCCGUGUCAAGAAAGAAGCAAGACUCUAUGCCUCAUCGAGCGGCACCGACCUUUGCCAGCACAUUCACACCCGUGAAUCCGACACCCACGCCUGAAGCAAGCACGCGCAAGUUUUCAUUCAAGUUCACGCCGCCACCGGUCGAUGCAACCGCUUCGAGAAGAAGUGUCUCUACGCCGCAUGUCGCGAGCCCCCUGUCUUUUAGUAAAGUGCCCGACCUCAAUUUUUCAUCUUCUUCGCCUCAUGUCCAACAUCCUCCGGCACCAGCAGUCAGGACGCCGGAAAAGCGCACACGGGAGGAACCUUUCAGAGAUCCAAGGUAUGCCGAUGCAGAUAUCGAGAAUGCGAGUGAUUCGCAAAAGGAAUCCGCAUCAGAAAGCGAGAAGGAAGCGAAUUUGGAAGCUACCAGUGAUGACAAUGGCAGCGAUAUUGAGCCAAUCUCGGAGCGCAUGACAAAGCCCAGCUUUCCCGCCAAAGAGAACCCCAACUUUGGAAAGGCUGGCUUGGCAAAGAACGACACGCAGGGAGGAAGCAAGCCUGCAUUCGAGUCCAACUCCAAUACAGCGCCUGCGAAAGGCAAGGACCCUACGGUACCGGUGUUCGAGUUUGGCAAGGCUUCGGUAGACUUGCCAGGGCCAUUCACAUUCACUCAUUUGAAGAACGAAUUGCCAAAGAGCAAAGAGAACCCAAACUUUGUCUUCAGUGCGCUUGGUUCAACGCCGCAGUUUGUUUUGAACGCUCCGACAGACGCCUCUUCACGAUUUGCCUUCAAAAUUAGUGCACCAAACAUCCCAGCUGAUCUACUACGAGACCCCAAGUUUGCAAGUCUGAAUAAUGCUGCAUAUGUUGCAGCGUAUCUCAAAACAAAUGAAACCUUCCAAGACUACUGCAAGACCUGGCUCGAGUAUGAACGCAAAGUCUUGCCGCUGUGCGUCACAGACAUUGACAAACGGAAAGAAUACGUGAGCUCACUUCGGGCGCACCAGGUCACACUCAAGAUACACAUGAGCAUGCAGCAAGCACAUCAAGAGCACAUGGAAGCUCAGUUGCUUUCAUAAACGGUAUAGCAUUACUUAAAUACCAUGGUCAAACAGCAAGCUGACACUCUCACCGUUGUGUAUCCGCCGAAUGGCUUCUGCAAAGACUGGCGCCACGUCAAUCACAACCAUCUUGCCACUGCCAUUACUCGCCUU